AUGGCGUCAGCAACAACGACCAAACGACUGCUCAAAGAGUACCAAACCACCUCCCGCGAACUCGGUCUCUCUCCUACCUCCACCACCCGCUCCCCCACUGCCAACCCGGAUCUGCUCGAACUGCGACCGUACGACGUCGAAGGGGAGGACCUCUUCGAAUGGACAGCACUCAUCCGCGGCCCCGCACACGGCCCCUACUCCACCGGCCUCUUCCACCUCUCCAUCCUCAUCCCGCCCACAUACCCCACCAAACCACCUACCAUCAAGUUUCGCACAAAGAUCUUCCAUCCCAAUGUAUCCUGGAAGGACGGAGAGAUAUGUCUCGACAUCCUGCAGGCUCAGUGGACCCCCGCGUGGACGCUCAGCAGCGCGUGUACCGCCAUCUUGGCCCUGCUCGAUGACCCGGAACCCGAUAGCCCGCUCAACGUCGAUGCUGCAACGCUGUACAGAACGCGAGAUACAAGAGCGUACGAGAGCUUGUGCAGGAUGUACACCAAGCUGCACGCAAGCGGUCACGAUGCUUAG